AUCUGUGUUCAUUAUGGUUUUGGGGUUAUAUUUGUAAUUUUUACUAAGAAGUAAAGUUAGAUUGAGGAAUUUUACUGUAAUUUUGUAAAAAAGGAAGUCAAUGCAGCAAAUCUUUGAAAUAACGUUUAUAUAUGGAGAAAUGACCUAAAGCAAAUUAGCAAAAUGUCUAGAUCUAUUCGAGCCGAGACUCGUAGUAGAGCCAAAGAUGAUAUCAAAAAAGUAAUGAAUGUGAUAGAUCGAGUUCGACACUGGGAAAAGAAAUGGGUCACGAUUGGUGAUACAACUAUGAAAAUAUACAAAUGGGUGCCAGCAGCAAAUAGUGAAUCAAAGAAGAUUCACAAGCAGAAGGAAAUUAAUAAGGAGAACAUAUCUCGUAAACAUGCAGUUGAUAAUUCAAAUUCUAACUCAAAUUUUAGUAUAGCCGAGGAUUCUAACACCUGUUUUUCUACUGGAGGAGAUUCUCAAGGACCUACAGAUUUUUCAUCGUCUCAUAUGACAUUCUCUGAUGAUUCCAAUUCGCAGGGUAGUGAAAUGGCUGUAAAAACACUAAAACCGACUGAUUGAUACUCUUUCCAUGUGAUUGUAAAAUGUAAUUAAAAUCUUUUUCUGUUAAUUUACAGAAACACUUCCACCUCUUGAAAUAGGUCCUGAUCUCUGUGUUUGGAAUGUUUCUUUUGUACAUCUAAUUAAUUCAGAGCCCUUGACAUGAUUGUAUAGUAUUUCUAAAAAUUAAUUUUUUACCUAUAUUUAAAGUUAAGUUAUAAACAUAAGUUAUGAGAAGUAAAA